ACUGCAAGAGACAUCAGUUCAGUACUCGCUUCUGUUCCAGCCACUUGCAAGAUGAAGUUCCUCUCGGUUGCCUUCCUCCUCGGCCUCUUGGCUCUGGCCAGCGCCACCCCCCUGAACCCGGGCAAUGUCAUCAUCAAUGGAGACUGCCGGGUGUGCAAUGUCCAUGGCGGAAAAUAAGUAAACCCACUGUACUACCGGACCUCUGGACUAUUAGAAUCUAUGGCAACGGACAUACAAUAUGUAUAAUCUUAUAAAUAAUUCCUUAUCAACACUUGCUCGGACCUAUUCAAAUAAAUUCCCACGCUAAUCUCUAUGGCAUGAUGUAAAGCAUA